UUCCUGUGGUCAAUAUUAUUGGAGCAGAACCAACAUGGCGGACGAAAUGCGAGCUGAGCUGCUAUAAGGAAUCGCAUACUUAAACGACCAAGAUUUCAUGAUUAUCCUUCACAGAACGUAAUAACUAGUAUCACUAUGGAGGGCUUGUCUCUAUGCUACAAGAAACUUCGAAAAGUCUACACGGUUCUACAAGAACUAAAGACGAAAGUCGAAAAAGUCCAUACUGAUUCUUGCGUCCAGGCUAACUCGUUAGCUAAUUUACUCGAGCAGCUUGCAGCUUGUGAUAAGGUGUCUUUCCAUAAAGAGCCACUGGUUGAAAUGAUCGAUCUCAAGCCAAAACUAAGAUACAAACUCGUUAAGGCUGUAGAGUCUUUGUUGAUCAAACUGCGAAACGAUUUAUCAACUCUUAAAGAUGUAUCAAGGAAGAUAUCAGAGUGCAGGAAGACUUCUUUUGAUGUUUAUACCCAACAUGCUACCCAAGGGACAUUAAGUCUUGAGGACACGUUACAAGGAAGCCCAACAUGUCCAUCACUCACCGAACUGUUAGAAUGGUUGUCAGAAAUUGACAGCUCCUAUGCUCAACUAUAUGAAGAAAAAUUAGAAAUUAUUGAAAGCAUAUCGUAUGAAGAACCUACAAAAUCACAAGAAGCAUUAAGAAGAUGGAAAUCCCUUGCUCUUUUAUCGAGAAAUAAGAUUUUUGCAGAUCAAAUACCAAUCUUCCUGGCAACUCAUGAUGGUAGUUGACAACACACUCUAAUAUAGUCUAUUGUAGUUCAUUAAAGAUAAUAUUUAUGGAGCUGUAGAAAAAUGACACUAUUAUUAUAUUGGCAUCCUGCUAGGGUUAUAACCCCAACUUGGUUAGGGUUUGCGCUAGGGUUAUAAGCCCAACUUGGGUGGGGUUUACCCCAGGUUUAUGACCCUGACUUGGGUAGGGUUAGUGGUAGGAUUUGGUUAGGGGGAUUUUCAGAAAUAUUGUCUGAUUAUGCAUAUUUGCGGAUGUAACAACGUUUAUUUAUAGACAAUGCACGGUAAAGCCUAAUGUAUAACCAUCGUACAUGUGACAUUCCCUUGAGCAUUAUCGCUUGCUUUCUUCCAAAAAAAAAUUUUCUAUCAGUUUUCUCAAGCAUUUGAUAUAUGUUACAAAUAGUAUAUAUAUUAUUAUUAUUGAUAUUAUUAUUCAGUGAUUAGUUAUUAGUUUAUUUUCGUGUGACGCUUCAGAAAAUACAUGAAUAUAGAUGAGACUCAAACACAGGAUUGUUCUCUCACGGGUAUGACACGUGGUCUGAAAUUUAACUAGUGACCAGUGAUUUGGCUCUCACUAGGCUAUGCAUUCUUCCCUGAUAGUUCCCAUGCACAGCGCAAAUUAUUUUGUGUAAGAGUAUCACUCUCAUAAAACAAGGAGAUAAUUGCUUUGUUUAAAACCGAAAGACCGUUCAAUAAAAAAGUUACAGAAUUCA